AGAAAUAACAUGUUAUAAAAUUUUUAGUUUUCAGAUUACUCAUUGUCCAACUGGUUUGGAAAAAGCUAAUAUUAGCUUAGAUGCAAUUAUUCAUUAAGAGAAUAUUAUUGUUUUAAAUUUGUUGUCUGCCAUUUAAAUUUAAUAUAUUAAAGACCAUGUGCAAUGUACUUCAAAUAUAAUUGUAUAGCUUUUUGGAAGAAGCAACUUAGUAUUUAAAAAUGAAUGUACUUAUCUAAGUACUCGGCAAAAAGCAUAUUAUACCAAAUUAUUUAAUUUUUUUAGUAAAUUUAUACCUUAUAAUAACAAAUAGUACUAAUGACUUGAGAAUAAUCUAUUCCAAAAACAAUUAAUACUAAGUAUCCAGCACACGGUUUUUAUUUAUUAAGAAUUUCUUCAUAAUAUGAGCUACCUAACUAUGGUAUUCACAAAGUUAGCUAACAGGUCCGAGUAUUUUUUAUCAAGUAUUGAAUCAUAAUAGUUGUUAUUUUUAAAUCUUGAAAAUCUUGAAUUCAUUAUUAUAUGAGUGAUUUUUAUUCAACUAAAAUAAGUAACUGAAUAUUAAAAAUUUUAGAUUUUAUAUAAAAAACCGAAUAUAUUGGUGUUAUAAAGAUGUGUUUUUUUUUUUACUUUUUUCAUAUUAUAUAAUGAUACCUAUCAUUGCAUUCAAAUUUAAUACAUCCAUUAGAGUGACCUACUUUUUGUACGAGGUCCACUAGAUACAUACUGUACAGCAGAGCGUUAUCCACUUGACCAUCUUUUUUUUUUUCAAUUUAAAUUCAUCGUUAUUAAAUUUAAGAAUUUUCAAGAUUUAUCAAUAACCAAAUAGAUAUUAUCUGGAAGCCUUUUAUUUCAACGUCAAAUAUAUCACAUCUUUAAUAAUUUUUAAGAUUCGGUGCACCAUCAGAAAAACAAGUCACUGCGUUCCACAAAGCUAUUGUUAAAAUGAUAGCUGAAGACCUUCAACCGCUAUCAAUAGUUGAAAAUGCAGGCUUUCGUAGUAUGAUUGAGCUCUUAGACUCCAGAUAUGAAAUUCCAAGUAGGAGAGCGCUUGGUAGGACAAUCAUACCAAAUAUAUUUUCAUCUGUACAAAAUAAAGUACAAGUUUUGCUUGAUAAAGCAGUGGAUGUAGCGAUCACUACAGAUGUAUGGACUUCCCUUAACACAGAUUCUUAUUUAACUUUGACUGUUCAUUUUUUAAGUGAAACAGUUUUAAAAACUUUGUUCUUUGCACAAAAAAAUUAGAAAGUAACCAUACUGGUGUAUAUUUGUCAGAAAUAAUGACCAACGAACUACAUAACUGGAACAUUUUUAAUAAAGUUGUGGCAGUGGUUACAGAUGGUGGAGCAAAUAUUAGAGCAGCUGUAAGGCUAAUGAACCUAUCUCACUUACCAUGUAUAGCUCACAAAUUAAAUCUAGUUGUUCAGCAAGCUCUUAAACUAUGUGAUGACGAAGGAGUCGGUCCUGAGAAUGAUUCAGAUGAAGGUGACUUAAAAAACAGUUUUGAAGAAAUGCCGUACCAUAGUUGGAUUUUUCAAGAGAAGUGAAGUUGGAAAUCGAAUGUUAGCUGAGAAACAAAAACAACUUGGUAGUCCAAUAAUCUUAAAGCUUAAACAAGAUAUACGCACCCGCUGGAACAGUACCUUUUUUAUGCUAGAAAGGCUAAUAAAAUUAAAAGAACCCCUGACCAUCGUAAUGAUUACGUUAAAAGAAGCACCAAGUAAUCUUGAUUCUGAGGAAUGGAAUAUUAUCGAAGAUAUGAUACCUUUGCUUAGACCUUUCAAUAAUUUGACUGUUGAGCUUUCAGCUGAACAAUAUCCGACUUUAUCUAAAGUUAUACCACUGCUACGAGGUUUGCAAUGUUCUUUAAAUUCAAAGAGUCCAAAAACACGACUUGGAAGUUUUAUUAAAGGUAGGCUCUCAGAAAAUGUUUCCAGGCGUUUUGAUGGAAUUGAGAAACAAACUUUAACACCACAUUUUUCUCGAGCCACAUUACUAGACCCAAGAUGCAAGAAGGUUGCGUUUGGGUUGGCACAAAAUGCAAAUGAUGCUGAGGCUAGCUUAGUUGCAGAAACAGCUACUUUAAUAAGAAAUGUAUCUAACACUGAACAAGAUACAGUUGAAACUAAUACAAAUGAAGAUGACGACAAUAUCUGGAAUUUUCUUCAAUCUAGAAUCAUUACUGUACAGUCACAAACAACUACGACAAGUAGUGCUACUGCUUUAAUGAAGCAGUAUCUAAGCAUGCCUCAUAUGGAUUUAAAAUGUGAUGUGCCAGCUUAUUGGAACGAGCACAAGUCAAUAUUAGCUCCAUUGAGCAACAUUGCUUUAAAAUAUGCAAUAAUACCAGCAACCUCGGUGCCGUCAGAAAGAAUUUUCUCUAAAGCUGGCCAAAUAUUAAGUGCCCGGCGCAACAGGCUAUUGCCAAAAAAUUUGGACACAUUAAUAUUUUUAAAUAAAAAUAUGUAAAUAUUAUUUUAAUAUUUGUUUAAGAGGGCACUACACCCACAUGUGUUGUCCCUGUCUUACUAACGUGCAUCAUAACAAAUUUGUUAUGAUGUACGUUAGUGUGACAGACAAAACAUGCGGGUGUAGUAUCCUCUUAAUGUUUAUGCAAGUUUCAGAACUUAUUGCACUAAAAGUAAGAAAAGUAAUAACAAAAAGUUUAUAUGUUAAUACUUAAUAAUGUUGAUAAUCUUAAUAAAGUUGAUUUUAAUUUAUUUUA